AUGGCGGGGGGUUAUGAACCAGGCCCAGGUUCUCGCUACGUUCACCAGCUCCUCACGCCCGAUCUUCACUUGCGAAGCCCAUCAUCCCUUUCCCAAAACCAGACGACAAUAAUCCAACCCUCCUCUGAUUCCAAAGACUCUCCCGACAGAGAUCAUCAGAAGGUUGACCUCGACGCCACCGCCACCACCACCUCUACCUCUACCCGCCGCCCAAGAGGCCGUCCUCCUGGAUCCAAAAACAAGCCCAAGCCUCCAAUAAUUGUCACAAGAGACAGUCCAAAUUCCCUUCGAUCUCACGUACUUGAAGUCUCAGCUGGUGCCGAUGUUAUGGAAAGCGUUUCAAAUUAUGCCAGGCGAAGGGGGAGAGCAGUAUGUGUUCUCAGCGGCACUGGCACCGUCGCAAACGUCAGGAUUCGUCAGCCUGCAGCUCCAACUGAAAGUGUUGUCACACUCCAUGGCCGAUUUGAGAUACUUUCAAUUUCGGGGACAGUGCUUCCACCGCCAGCGCCACCCGGUGCCGGUGGUCUGUCCAUAUUUUUAGCCGGUGGACAAGGACAGGUAGUUGGAGGGAGUGUGAUGGGUCCGCUGGUGGCUUCAGGUCCGGUGGUUUUGAUGGCCGCAUCGUUUGCAAAUGCUGUGUUUGAACGAUUACCGUUGGAGGAGGAGGGUGUUGUGCAAGUCCAGUCUGCUGCAUCACAGUCGUCAGGCGUGACAGGUGGUGGGCAAGUGGCUGAUGGUGGCGGCAAUAAUGGUGCUUCUUUGUUUAAUGUGGGGGUGGGAGGGAGCGUGCCUAAUUUUCCUUUUUCAUCUGAUUUGUUUGGAUGGGGAGGGAGUGGUGCGACUGCGAGGCCUCCAUUUUAG